AUGGAUUCAGGAGUCAGGUUAUGUAUCAAGAAGCAAUCUCCGAGCCGUCUUUUCAAAGAAUCAUCCCAGUACGUGGCGAAUGGAGAUCCACGCCCAUCCCUGGCAUCCCAUCCUUGUUACCUGAACCAAAUUCCGAAUUUAACCUUGCCACCCCUACCACCCUCCACCACCGCGACCAUGUUCAGAAGAAGAAAGGACAUUUUCGAACCACAACCACUAUCUCCCUUCACCUGCUCCAUUGAAACCCUUGAUUUCUCCGUCUUCCCAGAAGAAUCCCUUCUCUCUCUUCCUCUCCCUUUCUUCAACCCUAAACAUGGCCUCUUUGAUCUUCGUGCUUUGCCUUUUGCUGUGUUCCAUACAGUUACAGACCUGAUCCCAAUCCAAAAAAACCCAUCUUCGUCGUGUCAGCCUUACAGGAGGAUCAAGCGCAGGACCGGUUCGGGAUUGGUUUUGACCGGGGUCGUGAAGGCGAGUUUCGAGGAGGGAGACAAGAAGCACAGGUGGACGGCGGAGAUCAGGAGUACGAGGAAGGAUACUGUUGACCGCAAGUAUAAAUGGACGGCGGAAAUUAACGGAGCAAAGUGUAGUAAGUUGACGCCUGAGAUUAAAGGGAAGCACAGUGACGAUAUAUGGACGGUUGAGAUUAAAGGUCCAAAAUCAGCUGCCGGGGAGUGCAGCCGCAGCUUCUUCUGGCAAGAAAGGUGGAGCCAUUGCCAAGGUGUAAAGGCAAAGAGAAAAGUGUUGUCACCUCAAGAUGCAGCACUGAUGGUACAGAUGAACUUCAAAAUUUAUUGGGUACCUCGAUCACAAUCUCUUCAAGCCAUGCGGGAGCUGGCAUUGGCAAAGAACAAGUUGAAGGAGCUCAGGGCAUUGUUUAACAACUUCUGUAUAUACCGCCGAUGCAUUGCCCAUGAUGCAGAGCAGCGUCAGAUGUUCUCCGAGAGGAUCAUUGUCCUCCUUCUCACUGUUGAUGCCAUAGAGGGAAUUGACCUUAUGGUUCGAGCUGCAAGGAGGUCCAUGGUAAAUGUGCUAGAGGCAAUGCUUGAUGUGACCGAUCCUCAGCUUCCUAGGAAAAUGGGUUCGGUGAGGAGGAGGAGGAAGUUUGAUCUGCCAGCUGAGGAAAGCAUUCAAAAGGAGAUUGCUGCGGGUGUGGCAGAGGUUGUCCAAAUGCUCGAUCAAGAAGAUAAGUAUGGGAGUGACAACUUCGAAACCUGUCUCAUGCCUUUAUGUUUUCCACAGUUUUCAACUUUCCCAAUCUUACGUCUACUUCUGUACAAGAAACUGAUCAAGAAAGGACAGAUGGUUCAGGUUGAAGCUCCCAUAGGGGCAAAGCAAAGGCCAAACCCGUAUAUCGAGGCGUAAACUACAUGAUGGAUUUUAAUCAUGUUGGCCUGGAUAUAAACUACUGGUGAAAUAAUUUGUGCAAGAGAUCCCCAGAUAGUUGCAUAUAAGCCUGCUGCAUUGGAUUGAGUUAUUUACCUAGAGGGCCCUUCACAGCAUUCUGAUGUUUUUGCACAGAAGCCUCAACCUACUGCAUGAGAUAAACUUACAGUCUUUCAGACAAACACCCCAAAUCAAGUUUAAAACAUGGAAAAAGUUGAAAAAAAGAAAAACAAUAUGACGUUGGGAUUAUGUUACUGUCUGAAUCUGCAGCUAGAUUAAGUUGUUGUUGGAGAUUUUGAAGGUUAGCAUGCAUGUAGUGCAGUGGUCCCAUUGUGUUUGUUUGACAUUAAUGUAAAGCUCUGUAGUCUAUGCUUAGGAAUAUGGAAAUGUUGUUUCUUCAAAA